GUUUCAAAUAUCUUGAUGUAAAAGGACCAACAGGUAACAUACCAUUGUAGAUCACGUAGCAAAAGAAGUCGUGAAAUUCAUCGCGCUUAGUCAGCCAGUGUCUUAUACAAGGAAGUGCCUUCGCCAGAGUAGUGUCCGCGAUUAGCUUUAGGAUGGCAUACCCGUUUUGCGUAGCCCUUUUCGUCCUAACAACCCUGUGUAUGACAGAAAGCCAGUCCGAUGGCUCUCAGUUUAGCUCAAUGAUAGAUUUCUCACAAACGCCGGUAAGUGAAACUACCGGAAGCGAAAACGUUCCUGAUGCUCGUAAUUUGUCCGGAUUGGAUCUUACUUCUACCCAACUACCAAACGCAAACGGCGAAGAGAAUCCGUUUCAAUCGACAAUUUGCCAGCUCUGCACUUGCCAAGAUGUUAACCCGUUGUUCCUCAUAGACUGCAACGGAAAAAGUUUGAAAAAGCCGUUUUUGGUUUCUGAAUGGCCAAAUGAUAUCUAUGGCUAUAGCAUUGAGGCCAAGUUUGAUUCAAAUGAGUAUAUGGAAUUGGCGCAGUUCCCAGAAUUAUCGCUUUCCCGCUUAAGCUAUCGUGGAAACGGUAUUCUGUUUAUACAAAAAGCGGCGUUCAAAUUUCUUAAAAAGCUCGAAUAUUUGGAUCUCAGCGAAAAUGGUUUAACUCACGAAUCGAUAAAUGAAAAUAUAUUUGAAGGACAGUUUAACGAAGAAGACUACGAACCAAUUCCGCUUAAAACCCUAAAACUUGGAUAUAACAAGAUAAUUUCGAUCGACAAGGAUGCUUUUAACCAUUUAUCUCAUCUCGAAAUACUUGAACUGAACAACAAUCCUCUGAAAGUGAUUGAUCAUCAAACGGCGAUAGCCAUUACGACUUUGAGGAAGCUAAAGAUAUUGAAUUUGGCGGAAACAGGAUUGGCUUCUGUGCCUAGUGGAUUCUUCCAUGCAUUACUCGCGUUGAAAAUGCUGAUUCUUGCCGGAAAUCAAUUUACCACUUUGCCCGAGGAGUUGCAGCACGCCAUCCAUUUGGAAUACCUUAAUUUCAACAAUAACCCAACCAAGUCACUUGAUGCAAAUUCAUUUCAAGGGCUGAGCCAACUGAAGCAUUUGAACGUGUCUAGCAUGCACUUGUUAGAACGGAUCGCCGCAAAUACUUUUACCCCGCUGACAUCUAUGACUCAUCUUUGGUGCUCGUUCAAUCCACUCCUUAAAGAAAUUCAUCCUGGGGCUUUCAACAACAUGGCUGAAAGCGACGGAACUUUACGAUUAAGCGAGUUUCAUUUUCGGGGAAACAACCUCCAAAAUUUGCCGCUCUCUCUGCUUCCUUGGACUAGCUUAGAGCAAGUCGAUGUUGGAGAAAAUCCAUUUAAGUGCGACUGCAAUGUCGGAUGGAUGGUGACAGAACUACUGCCGUUUAUCUCGGAAAAAACACCCGAAUUAACUACAGCCCUACGUUGCGCUGAACCAGAAGAUUACAAGGAUGUAUUGCUAGAUUCUCUGGAAGGUGACGCAAAAAUUGUUAAUUGUAGCAAUCCCGCUGAUAACACUACUUCCGGCCAAGAUAGUAGUCAUGGCACUAGUGACGGAGGGUCCAGAAAUCCAAAGAUUUCUUCAAACAAAGGUUUGAUUAUUGUUUCGUUGUUUGGAAUUAUAUCGAUCGUCGGCGGAAUGGCUUGCUUUGUUCUUCUUGCGGUGAGGAAAUCUCAUCUUCGUCAGUUGUAUGAUACCAGUUCUGGACAAAUAGUACAUUAUGUACGAACGUCAGGCGGGUCGGGUAAGCGAGAGGACGAGCAAGCAAUUGUGCACAAAGAGUUUAAUCAUUAUCACCAAGAACCAUGAAACCAAAAUGAUAGAAAAAAGGCUUUUAUCGUUAUUCACUAAUUCACUAUGUCAACAAGCUGUGACAUCUCCUAUUUCCCUAAUUAUACGGCUUCUGCAUAUUUGGAAUCAAUUCUUGUUGUUUCCGGUGGUGAAACCAAAAAAUGAAAUAAAAUAAACCGUGCUAAUAUUUGA